CUUCCCUUCGCUUCAAGGUAAUUCACCUUUUGGCUUUGAGGCGAGUUUGGCUUACCUGACAAGUUGUUCAAGUAUUCUAUCUCCUAGCUAGUCCUAUAGAUGAUAAUCUAAGAGAACCGCAAGACACUCUGACAGCGCGUGUGUGAUCUACAAGAUGGAUAUGUUAACGGGCUCUAUCAGCAGAGCCAGUAAUGACAGAGCCAGCACAAGUGAAGGAGGACCAGAACCCAGCAGCAACAACAACCGCACCUGGUUCGGUCGUAGGAAGGACAGUGAAUGGGUCUUUAGGCCUCUCAGGCUCAAGUUCAAAGUCAAGGAGCUAGAAGAGCUCUACAAGAAGUUAGUGUAUCGGCAGCAGGAGUCGUUGCUCAUAUUCUCGUGUGGUAUCAUGAUGACCGUCUCCCUGCUGGCACUACUGGAAUUCCUAGCGUCUGGUGCUUAUCGCCAGAUCCCCAUACCGACUAACAAUAUAUCCGAGUGCAGUGAGCUGACUAACAUUACCUACGCCUACGGAGGGGAUGCUGGCAUACGUCUAGCCACGGCCGGUUCACUACCCUACAUCGUUGCUCUGACAGUAUACGGACUCUGUUACCUCAUCAUAGGUGUGGUCACCUUCGUGGACAGGAUAUCAGAGCGCCGACUGCUCAUCUACUCACUGGUGGUCUUCUUUAUCAUGGUCCUGCAAGUGUACUCUGUGUUUGCACUCACCACCAUCCCGAGGGCAUCCAAUGCGCUGCAAUUCAUCAUCAUCACUGUGUUCCUGUCUUAUUUCAUGCUGCCCCUGUCCCUGCGUGUGGCCACUGUCCUCUGUCUAUCAUUGAGCGGCUUUCAUCUCGUACUCUCCACAUCGGUAGCUCACCAGACACGGGCGGACAUUCUCAUCAGACAGUUUGUGGCCCACUUCCUGCUGCUUGCUGGCGUCAAUUUGUUGGGGGUCUCCUACAAUUACCUCAAGGAAUUGGCUCAACGCAAAACCUUCUCUGAAACACGACGCUACAUCAGUGCACUCAUCAAGAUCGAUGAGCAGAAGGUCAAAAAGAACACCCUCCUCAAGUCAGUCCUCCCGGCCAUCAUGGCGGACAAAGCCAUCGACAGAAUCUUAGAGUGUCAGAACCAGAAGGAGAAGUUACAUGAGUUCAGAGACCUCUACAUUACCCAGAGUCACGAUAUCAGCAUCCUCUUUGCUGAUAUCGUUGGCUUCACUCGACUCUCCUCGGGCUGUACAGCACAAGAACUAGUCAAGAUGCUCAACCAACUGUUUGGGAGGUUCGACCAACUAGCUGCCAACUACAGCUGUCUGCGUAUCAAGAUCCUGGGUGACUGCUACUACUGUGUGUCAGGACUGUUGGAGCCAUGCCCUGACCACGCCCACAAGGCGAUAGAGAUGGGACUAUCCAUGGUCAAAGCCAUACUUGAGGUGCGUCGUGCUACGGGGGUGGACGUGAGCAUGCGUGUGGGCGUUCACACAGGUAGUGUGUUGUCAGGAGUCCUGGGUCUACACAAAUGGCAGUUUGAUGUGUGGUCCUCGGAUGUUAUACUAGCCAAUCACAUGGAGUCCGGGGGAAUGCCUGGACGUGUGCACAUCUCAGAGAGCACUCUGACGGCCCUGGAUGGUGCCUAUGAGGUGGAGCCUGGGGAGGGCAGUGACAGGGACCCUUAUCUGGAGGGGACCACCACCUACCUCAUUGUACAGAAGAGUGAGAAGGACCAAUUAGAGGAGGAGAAGGACCAACCUCAGUUUAUGAACAAGGGCCCUAUGGAAGUGUGUGGCUCGUUUGUCCAGCCUCCCAACAUGGCCCCCGUGAUGGACAUCCUGGACAAGUGGGGCAUGGAGACUCCCUUUGCAGAGGAUGAUGUCGUGGGAACCAGUGUCCUCGCUUCGAUGUUUGCUGCUCAGAUGGGAAUUCUCAACAUAUCCAGUAAGAACAAACACAAGGCUGUGUCUAAACUGGACCAGAAGACAAUGAACAAAAUGCGGAACAUAAUCGACGAAUCCAACGCUAACAAAAGGUGGUGGUUUUCUUACCCUCCUGAAGUGAACUGGUUCUUCUUGGCCUUCAAGAGCUUCAAGCUGAACAUCGCGUACGCCCGACUACCUGACAAAGAGUUCAAGUGGUACCUACUCAACAUGUUCCUGCUCUUUGCUAUCAUCUAUGCUGUGCAAGCCACCAUGGUGUUCAAGGGCGCUGUGAUGCUGGGUACAUUCCUGGCGGGCUUCAUCUACUACUCCGUCUUCACACUCCUCUACUUCCUUCACCUCUGUAGGAAGCGAGAUACUCUCAAGCAGAACGUGUUUAUUCGUGCCUCUCUAUUCCUGAUACAAUCUUACGUGGCUCGACUCCUCAUUGGCGUGGGUGCAGUGAUCAUUAUAUUCAUUGCUGCAAUAGUCAACAUUGCCGACUGCUACGAACCUUCGCAAAGCAGUAUCAAUGGUGGCUGUAACUGCACUAACUGGACUACUUGGAGUGAUGCCAUCAACAAUCCUAGUCCUGACUCUAACACCUGUCAGUAUCCACAGUACUUCACCUACACUGCCAUGGUGGCCAUGAUCGGCUCUGCCAUCUUCAUCAGGAUGAACUGGAUGUUCAAGGCAGUCCUGAAUAUCAUAGCCUUCGUUGUCUACGCUAUCGUCAUUGCUUACACUAGCCAUUGUCUCUAUGACAACUAUGACCUCAAUGUAUACGGUAUUUGCUCAAGCUGUGAGUCACGUCCUCAGGAAAAGUGGACUGGCAUCGUGUCUCUGUUCGUAGUCUUGCUGGCUACCAUCAUUCUGGGGAGGAGUGCUGAUGGUGUGUACAGGACAGCCUUCCUGGCAACUCAGUCAACUCAGAGAGAGAGUGAAGAGAAGCAACGUUUGGAGGAGGUCAACAAUAUACUGCUCAAGAACAUCCUACCAGAGCACGUGGCCAACCACUUCAUCACUGUCGGCCAGUCUGGAGAGUCGUUGUACGCCGACCAGCAUGACAACAUUUGUGUGAUGUUCGCUUCAAUCCCUGGCUUCUGGGACUUCUACCACGAGACAGACAUCAACUCUGGGGGCAAAGAGUGUCUCCGCCUACUUAACGAGAUCAUAGCAGACUUUGAUGAGCUCCUGGAGAAGCCUAAGUACAGUCGAGUGGAGAAGAUCAAGACAAUAGGAGCUACGUACAUGGCAGCAGCAGGGCUAACGGGGACGGACAGUCAGAACCUCCACAUUGUCUCCAUGGUGAAGUUUGCUUUUGAGAUAAAAAAGAAGUUGGACAACAUCAACAGGCAUUCCUUCAACGAUUUCAAGCUCAGAAUAGGUCUGAACCACGGUCCAGUGGUGGCUGGAGUGAUAGGUGCUGGUAAACCUCUGUACGACAUCUGGGGCAACACUGUCAAUGUGGCCAGCAGGAUGGACUCAACUGGAGAGUCCGGGAAAAUACAAGUGAGUCAAGAGACUGCUCGUAUUCUCAUGGACCACAACUUCGAUCUCAAGGAAAGAGGAAAGAUCUUCGUCAAGGGCAAGGGAGAAAUGACCACGUACUUUUUAGAAGGAGAAGUCAAAGGAGGUCUACGAAUUUGAGCCAGUUCUGAGAACUAAUCCUCCAUACAUCAUUUUUUAGUCAGGAACCAAAUAUUUAUAUAUUUUUUUAGUUCAUAUAUACGCUUGUUUUGCCCCUCACUUUAACGAACAUUUUGCACUGUUUUUCCACAAUUAAUUUUUCUUCGUGCUAUAUUCUCUUUCAAUUGUAGUUACACUCAAUGUUAAUUUUGUGUCCUGUUCUUGUCCUCCCAUUCGUUCUUGUCAACACAGUUUUGUACAAACACAAAGUUAAUUUACAAAAAUAACUUAAUUUACACAUGCAUACAUAA